GCACCUCAUCCGCACCCAUCAGACCAUCCAUCCACCACCCAUCACCUCUGAAACCAACCCAGCAACAAAUAUAAAAGAAAAUAACAGACUCUUCAUCAAACCAUCUUAACAGAGAUGUAACACAUCAUCCCCACCAGCAAUCCCUGAUGUAGAACUAAACCACUCAGAUCACCUGAAACACGGCAGAGGGUCUCGCCAUACCGAAUCGAGCACGGACAAAACACCUGCAUCUGCAGAUUGAUUAACUGCCACGAUGAUCGUCACCGCUCCGUUCUCAACUCGGUAUCUGGAGGUCCAAGACUGGAGACAGAACCCCUUCCCAGUCGUCCUACAGGUCACUGCUUAUUUCAGAACGGAGGGUCGUCCGUGUAGCAGAAACCGACUGGCAGCGGGCAGAGUUGCUAUAAAGGCAGCUUAACCCACACAACUUCAGUAUCAUAACCAGCCAAGCAAACGACCACAAUGAAGUUCUCCAGCUCCCUUCUCACCCUGGCCAGCCUGGCGCUGGCCAACCUCUCUACGGCCCUGCCCAAAGCCUCUCCUGCGCCAAGUAGCAGCAGUAGCAGCAGCAGCAGCGCCUCCACCUCCUUCGCCAGCACCUCGGGCCUCCAAUUCACCAUCGAUGGCGAAACCGGCUACUUCGCCGGAACGAACAGCUACUGGAUCGGUUUUCUAACCGACGACUCGGACGUCGACCUGGUGAUGAGCCACCUAAAGUCAUCCGGCCUCAAGAUCCUCCGCGUAUGGGGCUUCAACGACGUCACCACGCAGCCCUCCUCCGGCACAGUCUGGUACCAACUGCACCAGGACGGCAAAUCAACAAUCAACACCGGCGCCGACGGCCUCCAGCGCCUCGACUACGUCGUCUCGUCCGCCGAACAGCACGGCAUCAAACUCAUCAUCAACUUCGUCAACUACUGGACCGACUACGGCGGUAUGUCCGCGUACGUCAGCGCGUAUGGCGGAUCCGACGAGACGGAUUUCUAUACGAGUGAUACGAUGCAAUCUGCGUAUCAGACGUAUAUUAAGACGGUCGUGGAGCGGUAUAGUAACUCGUCGGCGGUGUUUGCGUGGGAGUUGGCGAAUGAGCCGAGAUGUCCCAGUUGCGAUACGUCUGUGUUGUAUGAUUGGAUUGAGAAGACGAGUAAGUUUAUUAAGGGGUUGGAUGCGGAUCAUAUGGUUUGUAUUGGUGAUGAGGGCUUCGGCCUCAACACCGACUCGGACGGCAGCUACCCCUACCAAUUUGCCGAGGGCCUGAACUUCACCAUGAACCUCGGUAUCGAUACUAUUGACUUUGCUACUCUCCACUUGUAUCCUGAUAGCUGGGGCACUUCCGACGACUGGGGUAACGGAUGGAUCAGCGCGCACGGCGCGGCGUGCAAAGCGGCCGGCAAGCCCUGCCUUCUGGAAGAGUACGGCGUCACCUCGAACCACUGCAGCGUGGAGAGCCCGUGGCAGAAGACAGCUCUCAACACAACGGGCGUCAGCGCAGAUCUCUUCUGGCAGUAUGGUGACGAUUUAAGCACGGGCGAGUCGCCGGAUGAUGGAAAUACCAUCUACUAUGGGACGAGCGAUUAUGAGUGUUUGGUCACGGAUCAUGUGGCUGCUAUUGGUAGUGCGUAGGGGAUAGGGAGAUGUGGAUAUAUCUAGUUGAUACAUUAUGAGGGGUGUUGUACAUAAGAAUGCGCCGGAGGGAGGGUGUGAAGGAUGAUAACUGAACGUUAAGUUUGGAUAGGGUGCAAUCCGAGAGGAAUACCUUAGUUAGGAUCAGGUAGUAUACUGGGACGUUGUUCGUUACUGGCAUUGAUAAAAAAAUACAAUCUAUACAUCGAACAAAUCG